GAAGAACCCGAAGGUAGUGGAAACUUCAAAUACAGUGGAAUUGUGUGAAAUACCAAUGUGUAGAGAGAUAGUUCUAAAAUUCGAAAUCUAUGAGAAGAAAAAGAAUGACAGAGAUUUUAAAAUCAUCUUCUCAAAGGAAUAUAAAAAAUCUUUACAAGCACCUAAAAUCAGUGAAAUGAAAGUACGUUUCGAUGAUGCCAAAACUGCUAUCAUUAACUGGAAACUUCAAGAUUACGAAAACUGCAAGGAUAAAGAAUUACAAUUCGCUCUAUUUGGCGACAAAACGGUUAUUCAGAUGGCUAAAGGACAAGAAAUCAGGGUUCCAUUUUUAACAUCAGGCAGUUCCUACAUCGUACACGCUUUUCCAAAUCACGUGGACACGGAGACCACUGUAUACAUGUCCGCUGGGCUUAAUAUCAAAGUUCCUUAAAUACAUGCCUCAAUGGUGAUGAUAAUGAUGAUGAUGUGAAGCUGAUCGUUUGGACAACCGACAGUUUAUGAUUAUAAAAACUCUCAACAUUAUUUAAUUAAUUCUUGUGUAUGUGCAAAAUAUGUUGCCAUUCUCUUAUUAUUUUAUUCAUCUACAAUAUUUGCUUGCCUUCAAUUAAAUUAUCCCAAUAAAUUACUAAUC